CUUCUGGUACCGCCCAUUUGAAAUGCCCUCGCACAAUCGCGGGCCUUUACCUUUUCUUUUUUGUUUCGGGCAACGUCGCUUUCUCCUUAACACGCAUUCCAGUUUCCAAAGGUUCACCUGGCCACUUACCUACCGUACCUGUGUAGAGCGACGUUCUUAAGCUCCGCCCUCGACAGGGCAAGCUAUCCUCCGUACCCUGGGCUUCAUAAUAAGAGAAUAAGCUGUUCUUAUCCUACCACCGUUCUCGAAUAUAAGCAAGCUGCAACCCAGACAUCAACAUGAUACUUCGCUUUCAGAGCAAGGAGGGACAAUUUCGCCUCAACGUCGACCCCGCCACCACGUUUCCCGAAAUACUACCCCAGAUCGCGGAAAAGCUACCCAAGACUACUGAUCUCGCAACUCUCACUGUGAGCAACAGGCCACAUGGAGGGGAUGCAAGGCUAAUACAAUCAUUACGAGGGGUUUCGUUCCGGCAGGUCGGCUUAACCCAUGGAGCGCAGCUCUUUCUCGAUUUCAAAGAGCAAACCGACGUCACUAAUGGCAGUGCUGCAUCGACAUCAGGCGCGGUCCGUCUCAACGGGCGUCCUGUAUCUCCGACCGAACAUCCCAGCGUACCCCUCGGUCCUGCCGCUCAGCACAUCAAGAACCCAUGGGAAGUUGUGAAGCAGUCCGCACUGGACGACCGGCUCGACAAGCUCGAUGGGAAGAUACCACGGAAGUUGGAUCAGAAGAUGUGUAGGCACGGUCCAAAAGGCAUGUGCGACUACUGCAUGCCACUCGAGCCGUAUGAUCCGGGAUACCUUGCGGAAAAGAAGAUCAAGCACCUGUCGUUUCACUCGUAUCUGAGGAAGGUUAAUGCCGGAAAAAAUAAACCCGAGACCGGGACCUCGUACAUGCCACCAUUGACUGAACCGUACUAUCGCGUCAGACCCGACUGUCCCUCUGGACAUAAACCGUUUCCCGAAGGCAUCUGCACGAAGUGCCAACCGAGCGCUAUCUCACUACAACCGCAAGAGUACCGUAUGGUGGACCAUGUUGAGUUUGCCUCUGUGGGCGUAGUCGACGACUUCAUCCAAUUCUGGAGACAAACUGGUACGCAGAGGCUAGGCUUCCUUUACGGGACUUACCAGGAGUACGAGGAAGUGCCGUUAGGCACAAAGGCUGUUGUGGAAGCUAUCUACGAACCACCCCAGGUUGGCGAAACUGAUGGGAUUUCGCUGCUGGAGUGGGAAAAUGAGCACGAGAUCGACGAGCUUGCACGCCAGUGCGGGCUGGAGAGAGUUGGUGUCAUCUUCACUGAUCUGGUGGAUGCUGGUGCUGGUGACGGCUCGGUGAUCUGCAAACGGCAUGUUGAUUCGUACUACCUCUCUUCGCUGGAAAUCGUCUUCGCCGCAAGAUAUCAAGCCAAGUACCCCCGACCCAGCAAAUGGAGUGAAACGGGCCGUUUCGGAUCCAACUUCGUCACCUGUGUAAUAAGCGGUGAUGACCAAGGCGCUAUCGGUAUUUCCUCUUAUCAGGCCUCCAACACUGCCGUUGAAAUGGUCCGUGCAGAUAUCAUAGAGCCAUCGGCGGAGCCUUCCGUGAUGUUGGUGCAGUCGGAAGACGACAACGACGCAUUGAACCGGGCUCGGUACAUUCCGGAAGUUUUCUAUAGGAGGAAGAACGAAUACGGCGCAAACGUGCAGGAGAACGCGAAACCCGCCUUCCCAGUGGAUUAUCUGCUCGUGACAUUGACACACGGAUUCCCCAAUGAGCCCAAUCCUCUAUUCACGGGGCCGAAGUUCCCCAUUGAAAACCGAGAGCACAUCGGAGAGACGCAAGAGAUCUCAUCACUUACGAAGGCACUCAAUGCAAAAGCGAACGGCCUGGCUCUCAAUACCAAGAGCGGAAUCACAACCAUAUCGAACUUUCAUCUCCUCACUUUCCUCCAUACGCUUGGCAUACUUGGAAAGGAUGAGGAAGCCCUCCUUUGUAGGGUUGCCACCGAUCGCGACGUGUCCGAAGGAUUCAAGCUACAGCAGUCGCCUGGGUGGGCAACGUUACUGGCGAUCCUCAAAGAAUCUGGUGAGCGACCCCCAAAACGUCCCCGUUCCGGUUCCAUGGCAAAUCGGGUAAGGGAGGGUGUAAAUGGAGAACAUCCUCCUCACCGACAAACCCCGAAUGGAUCCGACUCAGAAUCAGCACAGUUGGCUAAGAGAAUCAAGGGGGUUAGCUUGAAGGGAAGAUAGACUCGUCUGUUUCCUGGAUACAUUCCCCCAGCUAGGUUCGAUCGACGGAGUGAUCUUACGCACAGUGUGGUCCGCUCCAGGGCUCACAUAUACUUCGAGGGUAGGGGUGGUCACA